GAUCGUUGUUGUUCGCGAACGAUUCAUCCCCACUAACCAUGGAGUCCGGAUUCACAACAUGAUAUAAAGAGCGAAACGGAAGGGAGCUUUACACUAUAACACAGUCCCCUUUUUAUUUAUUUUUUCUCCCAUAUAGUUUACAGUUGGCAAAGAUAAACAUGUGAGAGAGAAAAAGGAGGGUAAAGAAAUCCACUGGAAGAACGGACUAGAAAGGCAGGACUGAACGAUUCAGACAGUGCCAUACUGAUCCCCUUGGUAACGGGAACAGAACCGUUUUCUUUCUACCUCAUCCGUGAUGACCGAGGUGGGAGUGAAGUGGGCCUGCGACUACUGCACCUAUGAGAACUGGCCGUCCGCUGUGAAGUGCACCAUGUGUCGUGCACAGUGUCCCAGCAGCCCCAUAAUCACAAAGGAGACCUACAAUAGCAGCCCCAGCAGUCUUAGUACGGAGCCUAGUUGUGGCUGGCAGGACCCUCCAAGCCCCGAGGGAAGCUGUGGUAGCCUCCUCAUCUACCCAGACUCCAGUGCCAGGCCCCGUGUCAAGCCCCCCAGCAUGCCUGAGAACAGCUCUAAAUGGUCCUGUCAGAUGUGCACCUACUUGAACUGGCCCCGUGCCAUCCGCUGUACCCAGUGUCUGUGUCAGCGCCACCAGAGGACCCCAUGCAGCCCCACAGAGGCCCCCCAGACAUCAGGCUCCAAUGUGGGCCACCGCCCAGCCCCUCCCCUCAUGGACCCUUGUACAGAGGAGUACAACGACCGGAACAGACUCAACAGACUCAACACCCGAGGUGGUGGUGGCGACAGUAGCAGUGGGCAGCACUGGACUUGCACGGCCUGUACUUACCAGAACUAUCCCAAGACCCGAAAGUGCAUUGUCUGCGACCACCCCCAGCCUCAACCUAACAACCGGGAGGCUAUUCCUAUAGAGCUGGCUGGGCAGUCCGAGGAGUCUCCCUCCUCCACAUCCUCAAUCAUCAAUGAACAGGACAGAGACGGGGCCAGGUGGAGAGGGAGUGGGGGGAGCUGCAGUAGGGGGCUGAGCGGGGGACAGAGACAGGGACUGGGACAGAGGAUGACUUCUCCACCCACCUCUAAGAAGGAGGCGGAGGUAAAGAUGGACUUCCAGAGGAUUGAGCUGGCGGCCGGGGCGAUGAGCAGCGGAGAGGAACAGCAUCGCCAUCCGGAGAACAUUGAUUUCAAGAAGACCAAACAGAUUAAGAACAGAAUGAGGAAAACUGACUGGCUGUUCCUUAAUGCUUGUGCAGGUG